UAAUGAUGGCAUGUGAAACUAUGUUACCGUUUCCUUUAGCAUUUCAUGUAAAAACACUUGAUUUUGCCACAGGGAAAACACACAUUUUGAGCAUAACUCGUGACGCAUUUAACAUUUCUUUUCAAUGUGAAUAUUUCAACCAAGAGGAUUCUCAGUUCUGCCAAUUCAACAGCAAUACAUUUGUAAUCAGACAACUCAAGCAAAAUAAUAAAGCUAUAAUAGAUGGUAAGGUUAGCCAAACUGGUGCCAAAAUCCAUGCCCUGUGUCAAUAUGGUAUUUGUGUGUAUCGUGCUGACACAUGUUAUGCUUCACCUCAUCACUCAGGCAUUGAACCAUCCAAAGGCCCUCCUAUUCUUCUCAUGAUCGAGAGCUUUGAGGAUCGGGGAAGAGAGAGAGAGAGAGGGCACCCGAUGUUGAGACAGUUGAGGGCCUAGUUAACAUUUGAUGAUCCAAUAGGCUGAGAUGUGGCGAAGGCAGAGGAAAUUGAGGUUGGAGGAGCGGAGGAGAAAUGAUGGCAAGGGCCCUGUAAGCUUUGCAAUCGGCAAGGGAAGGUAUGACGGGGUCCAGAUAGUAGAAAAAGAGAGGAGGAAGAAAUAUUAUCCUUUCUCGGUGAUUAUAGGACAAAAGAAUCCCAGUUGGGCCUGCUCGGAACAGGUGGAACUAACUGGUCGGAACAGGGCGGAACAUGCCCAGAACUGGACGUUUGGGAUAGUUCAGUGAAUCCUGGUAGAUGAGAAUUAGUUAACAAAUUCUCUGGUGCAUAAGUUUUGUGAAACUGCUCCACCAGAUAGUGCAAAUUAAUGUCAUCUCCCUUAAGGCACUCAAAUUAAUGAAAUCAAUUUAGAUAAUCCAACAAAAUUAUCACUUAUAUUCAGGUACUGACAGGAUGAGUUUUCCAACUGUAUGAUCAGUAGCACUAGGAGGCCUUUGGAGUGGUCUAUAGAGUGACGGCAACAGAAAAUGGGCAGUUAAAAGCCCUUGACGGUACUAAGAAAGUGGUCUAUAAAUCCAUAGCUAAGAACAUUUGCCAUUCACAAGAAUCACACUGUAAAGUUCAAAAGAACUCACGUACUAAGAAAGUACGAGGUGCACAACAGAAUCCUAAACAUUGUGUGAGAAAGGUCAUGGAUCAGGGGAAAAAAAUUGACUUGACCUCCUUAAUAUCAGAACACAACAAACUUCAAAUAGAAUGGAAGGGGCCUACUGACUAAACUUCAUUCAAAUAUUACAUAAUCUGACUAACAACAAAUACGUUGAUCAUAAAAGAACAGACAUUGACAUUUUCUUUCCACACUUGUUCUUUCAAUUACUUUCAUCUUUGGAAAUUGCAGUCAGUUAAUUUUUAUCCUUACAGACUCAGGCUGAAAAGCCACUAUCCUUCAACUAAUGUAAGAAUUUUAAAAAAAUGGCAUAAAUAAUCACGAAGCUCUAUGUCGAGACAUGAUGAACAUGAAUGAUAAGAUAAUACCGAUUAAACUUUAUACUAAUAAUUCAGUGUAUAAAUUGUAUGAUGGAUGAGGCAUAUCCGGUGCAGCAGUGGUGUGUAGCGGAUGAACAAACACCAGAUGAUGUUCUGCAGCAGGCUAUGGAUUGGGCAUGUGGUAUUGGGGCUGCAGACUGCAGGAUGAUCCGACCAAACAAGCCCUGCAACCUUCCCAAUACUGUCAGGGACCAUGCAUCCUAUGCCUUCAACAGCUACUGGCAGAAAUUUAAAAACCAUGGAGGUUCUUGUUACUUCAAUGCUGCUGCCAUGGUCACUGACUUGAACCCAAGUAUGAGCUCUAUAUCUCCACUAUGAUGACUAAGAGGUCCAAGUCAUCUCAUCUCAUUUAAAUUCAUUUCCUAGAGUUGCCUGAAAACAUGAAAAUGAACCUUAAAAAACUAUCUCUAAUAAUUAAUUUUAUUGAAGAACCAAGUUGGAUCCACAUCAAGACAUACUCUACCUUUUGAUAUUCAUAUUAAGUAUCAGAACGAUAUUUUUCCACAAAUAUCACGCAUACUACUGGGCAUAAUUUCAUCCUCCAUAUGUACAACAAGGCUUGGAGUCUCUCACUCUCUCUCUUUCUCUCUGUGUGUGUGUGUGUGUGUCAAAUGUUAUUAGAAGAGAAAAAAUUUUCAAUUUGUUCUUUAAUGUGAUAAUAGAAAGAGCUCAUAGCUUGAUUGCAUGUACCUCAUCGGCCAUCCACUUGCCCACUCAAAAUGAUCUUCCCUGUCCAUGUUUUUUGUCAUAUUUCUUUUCUUUCUUUGUUUUAUAGCAAAUAAAUUCUAUCCAUUUUUUGCAUUCUGUCCAAUUUCCAUAUCAAGUUGUAAUACCCAGUAAACUAGGCCCGAUCCACUUAACCGACCUACUUGGCCCAGAAGAAAGAAAGAAAAAAAGAAUUGCACACGUGCAGCACAUGCGAGGAGGGAAGAGGAUUCCUAAUGGGAGUAUUCUUCCACCCCGAACAAAAUCUGACUCUAAGCCGGAUUCCAGUCGCGACCGAGCCUAUUUAAGAGCCCCUCUCCGAUCCCUCUAUCACCCCACUAGAGAUCUAGCCUCGAUCGGAGCUCACCAUCGGAGGAUUUCUUUGAAUCCCUCUCCGAACGCCGAUCUCCAUUUGCACCCGGCCAAUUGUCGCCGAAAACCCAAGACCCAGCCUCCUUCGAUCUACCCUUCUUCUCUUUCUUUCGGACUCCUUUGAGCCCCAAUUCCGACCCACGAUCGCUAGAGUUUUGGUGAAAAAGGACGAUGCCUUGUUUUCUCUAUUUCGGUAGGCCGACCCUUGUUUCUUCUUGUUUUCAAUAGAUUCCGCCGAUGGUGCUUGUC